GAAGGUUUCUUCCUCCUUCCUGUGCUUCCAUUUACUUCACACCUUACGUCCGUACAGUCGCACCCUGUGUAGCCUACUGGAGUUUCCCCCGUAACCUGGAGCCCGGCUUUAGCAGGGUGGAGCGGGAGUCAAGCUUAUAUUCUAUGGUGAGAGAGGCUCGGCGGAGUGUGGCAUGGAGAACAACGUCACGCAAAUCUCUCGAGAGGACCUACAGGACCUGCGUGAGGCCUUCAACAAAAUCGACAUUGAUAACAGCGGCUUCGUCAGCGACUUCGAGCUGCAGGAGCUCUUUCGGGAAGCCAGCUUCUCUCUGCCAGGGUACAAGGUGCGGGAGAUAGCGGAGAAGUUCGUCGCCGGGGACACCAACAAAGACGAGAAGAUCAGCUUUGAGGAGUUUGUUGCGAUAUACCAGGAGCUGAGGAGCAAAGAAGUGAGGGAGACCUUCCGCAAGACCAUUUCCAGACGAGAUGGAAUCCACUCGUUCGGAGGAACAUCUGGAAUCUCGAGCGAGGGAACGCAGCACUCGUACGCCGAUGAAGAGAAAGUGGCCUUUGUAAACUGGAUCAAUAAGGCCUUGGCAAACGACCCCGACUGCAAACAUCUCAUCCCUAUGGACCCCACCACCGACAGCCUGUUCAAAUCCGUCAAGGAUGGAAUACUUCUAUGCAAAAUGAUCAACCUCUCCCAGCCAGACACGAUCGAUGAACGAGUCAUCAAUACAAAGAAGCGCACAACGUUCACCAUGACUGAGAACCUGAUCCUGGCCCUGAAUUCAGCCUCAGCCAUUGGUUGUACAGUGGUGAACAUCGACUCCCAGGACAUGAUAGCUGGGACCCCCCACUUGGUGCUGGGGCUCCUCUGGCAGAUCAUUAAGAUCGGCCUCUUUGCAGACAUCGAGAUUUCUCGCAAUGAAGCUCUUAUUGCUCUGCUGGGGGAGUCUGAGGAGCUGGACCACCUUCUCUCCAUGUCCCCCGAGGAGCUGCUGCUGCGCUGGGUUAACUAUCACCUCGAUGCUGCAGGAUGGCAACAAAUCAGAAACUUCAGUGAGGACAUCAAGGACUCCAGGGCCUACUUCCACCUGCUGGAUCAGAUCUCCCCGAAAGGAGACGGAGACGACGAGAUGCGGAUCUCUAUCGACAUGUCCGGCCUGAACGAGCGUGAUGACGAGAGGAGGGCGGAGCUAAUGCUGAGACAGGCAGCUCGUCUGGACUGCAGGCAGUUCGUCACCCCUCAGGACGUGGUGGCGGGAAACCACAAGCUCAACAUGGCUUUUGUAGCCAACUUGUUCAACAUGUUUCCCGCUCUGAGCAGACCAGCCAACAACGGCAUCGACCUCGCCAUGCUGGAGGGGGAAUCGCGAGAAGACCGGACCUUCAGGAACUGGAUGAAUUCGCUGGGGGUUAAUCCAUACGUCAAUCACCUGUACAGUGACCUGAUGGACGGUCUGAUCAUUCUUCAGCUGUACGAGCGAAUCCAGGUUUCUGUGGACUGGAGGAAAGUCAACCGUCCUCCAUAUUCCAUUCUGGGCUCCAACAUGAAAAAACUUGAGAACUGUAAUUAUGCUGUAGAGCUGGGCAAAAGGGAAGCAAAGUUUUCUCUGGUGGGGAUCGGAGGUGAAAAUAUCAACGAGGGCAGCGCCAUGCACACCCUGGCACUGGUUUGGCAGCUAAUGAGAAGGUACACAGUCAAAGUUCUGGCGGACAUCGGCCACGGAGAGAAAGUAAACGACCAGAUCAUCGUCGACUGGGUGAACAGCACUUUACAGAAAGGACAAAAAGACUCGUCUAUCAAAAACUUUAAGGACAAAUCGAUCAGCACCAGCCUGCCGGUGAUCGAUCUGAUCGAUACCAUAGCCCCCGGCGCCAUCAAGAGCGAGAUGGUGAAGAGAGGAGACAUGAGCCCUGAGGAUAAACUCAACAACGCAAAGUAUGCCAUCUCUGUGUCUCGUAAAAUCGGAGCCAAGGUGUACGCCCUGCCCGACGACCUCGUAGAGGUUAACCCAAAGAUGGUGAUGACUGUAUUUGCAUGUUUGAUGGGGAGGAGUCUGAACAAAGUGCAGGGCUAACCUUUGUGUCCUUUUUUCAUCUGUUUCCUCUCAUUACCUUUCUGUCAUUCGUCCGUGCCCCAUCUAUUUCCAUAACUGCCAUUCGCUCCUUCUUUCUGAGUCCUGGUUUAUGGAAUUUCUCACCCAGAAAUGCUAAGAAUAAAAUAUUACGAAAUGCUAA